UGGCUCAUUCGAUCCGGAUGCUGCUGGAAUACACACAGACUCCAUAUGAGGACAAGAUGUAUACAGCAGGUGAUGCUGCCAUAUCUUAUAGAUGGUAAUGUUAAGCUUACACAGAGUAACACAAUUCUGAGCUACAUUGCACGCAAGCAUGAAUUAGCUGGAGAAUCAGAAAGUGAAAAGAACAAUGUAUCACUGAUUGAAAACCAUGCAAUGGAUUUCCGAAUGGGACUUGUGGCUAUUACCUACAACUCACAAUUUGAAGACCUGAAAGGCCCAUACCUUGAAAAGCUACCAGUUGCACUGGGAAGAUUCUCUCACUUUCUAGGAGACCGACAUUGGUUUGCUGGGGACAAGAUCACAUAUGUGGACUUUGUGAUGUAUGAUGUACUAGAUCAAAACAGGAUGUUGGAUCCAACCUGCCUGCAAAACUUUUCUAACUUGCAGGACUUCCUAUCUCGGUUUGAGGCUCUGCCAGCUAUUGCUGCAUACAUGAAAUCACCACGCUUCAUGAAGACCCCAAUUAAUAACCGAAUGGCAUUUUGGUCCAACAAAAAAUAA